AUGAGCAGUGGCGGUGGUGGCUCAGGAGGAGGGACAGCGAUGGGUGGGAGUGGGGAGACACUGAUGAGGUCUGCCUUUACUGUGUCUCAGUGGCAAGAACUCGAACACCAAGCUUUGAUCUUUAAGUACAUGAUGGCUGGUCUCCCUGUCCCUCCUGAUCUCGUCUUACCCAUUCAAAAGAGCUUCGACUCCAUCUCUCACAGAUUCUUCAACCAUCCCUCUAUGGGGUAUUGCUCAUUCUAUGGGAAGAAGGUGGAUCCAGAGCCAGGGAGAUGCAGGAGGACAGAUGGCAAGAAGUGGAGAUGCUCCAAAGACGCCCAUCCUGACUCCAAGUAUUGUGAGCGCCAUAUGCACCGUGGCCGCAACCGUUCAAGAAAGCCUGUGGAAUCAUCACAACAACAACAAACCAUAAUGACACAGUCAUUGUCUACCAUGACACCAUCCGGGAGGACUGUUAUUACUGACAGCAGCUCUGGCGGGGCAGGAAGCCUACAGCACAACUCUGCAUUGCACGCCUUCGGGGCCUUUGGGAAUCCCCAGUGCACUGCUGUCAGUGGAAGUAACCAGUCUCAGUAUCAUUUGGACUCUAUCCCCUAUGCUAUUCCAAGCAAAGAUUACAGCAGAUAUCUCCAAGGAGUGAAGGCUGAGGCCGGAGAGCGUGGUAUAUACAACGAAGACUCCGCAAGAAACCGAGGUGGUGACUCCUCCACAUGGCCUCAGAUGCAGCAAUCCAGAGUGUUGUCCUUUUCCAAGCCAGCAACAAUGAACGACUAUUCCCACCAACAGUCAUAUCUCGGCUGUGACUUCCCCCAAUCUGGCGGCGAAACAACAAAACAGGAUGGUCAGUCACUACGACCCUUCUUUGACGAGUGGCCCAGAACCCGGGGUGAGUCAUGGUCGGGCCUUGAAGAUGACCGCUCCAACCAGACCUCGUUCUCCACCACCCAGCUCUCCAUGUCCAUCCCUAUGGCUGCUUCCUCUGACAUGAUCUCCACGAGCUCCCGCUCUUCACCAAGUGAAUUUUGA